AUGUCGUUUUUGAAAAAUUUAUUCAAGUCAACAACGCCAUCCACACAAAAGCAAGACCCGCCACAAAAGAAAAGUAUUAAUGUUGGCAUUGUUUCAUCACAAACGAGAUUUGAUGCGACUUGUACUGAUUUAUUUAAUGAUGUUGACUAUGUGAUCUAUUUUCCUGUCAAAGACAUCUCGAGAGAACUCCAAACUAUUUUUCCAUCAUCUAUUGACACCUCAUACUUCUCAUUUCUUUCACGAAAAGAACUCCCCGAGCAAAACCGGAUUCCACUUGAGGUUGGAAUAACAUUUUCUAUAACACUUCCUCUUGAGAGAAAUACCUUUUUUUUUAUUCCCAAAAUUUUAACGCCGAAACAAGAAGAUUGUUAUGAGUUCCAAAAACUAUUCAUCCCCUUGACACAAAACUAUUCGUUCCCAGAAUCUACUCAACAAAACGCUCUUGAAGAAUCUUUAAAUCAAUACAAAAGUCAAGUCGUUGAGCGAUAUAAUUCUGUUUUACAAUCUUUGGACGACGUCAUUAACUCUCCACUCAAAUCUUGCCCUUUAACUUUACUUUUAAGAUAUUUGGAGACGUUGACUGGCUUUGCAAUCACUUCAGAAAGCUUGAAUAACAUUUUAAAUAACACUUCUGUGCUCAAUGAAAAUGAUUUGAUCCAUACCAUGGAGAUCGCCGACUUGACUAUCAAUAACAUUUUUUAUCCGGGAUGGCUCCUCUCACAAAUGUUAUUAUACGGAUCACUCAACGUUGUUCAUAUCUUCAAUGACUGCGCACUAGUGUGUUCCUGGGACACUGACUUGAAGUGUUUGGUAUUGACAAGUAAGAAGGUUGCAUUUGCAGAGUUCAGUGUUGUUCCACAAGUUGGUGUGUAA